AUGGCAACCAAAGCCAUCUUCUUCUUCUUAGUCUCCGCCGUGUGCCUGUCGUCCCUCGCCGGCGUUGAACACGCCGACGCCGAUGACUUUGACCGUUUCCAGAUUCAGGGAUCGGUCUACUGCGACACGUGUCGUGUCCAAUUCAUCACCCGUCUCAGCAAAUUCCUUGAAGGAGCCAAAGUGAAGCUAGAGUGCAGGAGCAGAACCAACCAAACCGUGACGCUGACGAAAGAGGCCGUGACGGACAAGUCAGGAAGCUACAAGAUGGAAGUGACCGGUGACCACGAGGAGGAAGUCUGCGAGCUCGUGUUGGUCCAGUCACCGGACAGUGGCUGCAGUGACAUCAGCACAGAGGCUUACCUACGUAACGCCGCCAAGAUCAGCCUUACGGCGAACGACGGAAUCGUCUCUAACGAAGUACGUAUCGUUAACCCUCUCGGUUUCAUGGUUAAGACGCCGUUGGCCGAAUGUCCCGCCGCUUUUAAGGAGCUCGGGAUCGUUCCUGACGUCACCUUCUAA